GCACGUGGCCGUGGGUAUGGAAGUUAGACAGUCUCGAGUGAAAUGCUUGUUGAGCUUGUGUUUACACUCGUUUAGAGUAAAAAGUAGUUGAAAAACGUGCGUUUUUUGAGUGAAUUUCUAUUUCAAUCGUUUCAAAGAUGUCCAAACGUUCCAGUCGUCGUAGGGAUGAAGAACUUGCCUCGCUCCUGUUCUCAAGUGGCUCUACUAUUGAUAUCAGCAAACUAGGAGCUGGGAAACGCAAGAGGAAUGACCUCAGUAAUCAAAAGACAAUUGAUGAAUCUUAUACUGCAUCCGAUGUCCAUGCUUCUGAUUUGGAGCAAGAGCCUAAAGAAUGUGAAGUGGAAGAGGAUCAAGAAAGUCAGUCUACUGAUGGAAGUGAUGAGGAAGAGAACCAAGAAGCACCUUCUCAGAAGAGGAAAGCAGCUUGGGUUGAUGCUGAUGAUGUCACCACCAACAUUGCAGACGCCAUUCUUGCGCGAACAGAAAAGAUCAAGUUUGAGCAAGCUGUGGCUGUGCGUUCCGUUCAAGACAAAAACUACCAAGAGUUUCUAAAGGAUAAAUUCACGGCCGUGGUGGGCGAGGCACCAGCGUGGGCAGACCUGGAUGCUGCACAAGCCAGAAAUGAAGAAGAAGAUGAUGAUGAUGAAGAUGCCCUUCAGUUGGGCUGCAAUAUGAUUUCAUCUGCUGGUGGUGCCCUUCCCUCAAACUACCUAAACUACAGAUGGUUAUCAGAUUUAAAUGAAGAAGAAAAUGUAAAAGUGAGAAAUGGUUACCUCGGUAACAGCCUCAGAGCAGUUUUUGCUGCAAAUCAUCCCCUUGCUCUGGUCACAAGAAGACAGUAUGUCCUACAUGGAGAUGGAUUUGCUCAAAUCUAUCAAGUCGGGCCCGAACACUGCCACAAACUUGACGAAUUUGUAUUCAACAAAUUUCCUAUUUGUUCCUCGGCAUUCUUGCCAUGUAGCAAAAAAUUCAUCAUAGGCGCUAAACAAGCGAGACACUUUUAUGUUUACGAUAUGGAAGCUGGCAAGGAAAUUAAAGUCCCGUGGACGUCCGGCGACAGGCAACGUAAGAACACGCGUAACAUGGAGCACGUGGUGGUUGUGAACGAUAAUGAGGUGAUAGUGCAAGACAGAGACGAGCUCACCAUCUUGGAUACGCGACUCUGGCGUCCCGUAGACUGCCUGCGCCCGCCCUCCAGGAUCGGGGCCUUCUGCGUGUCUGCCAUGGGCGACACCGUCUACUCGUUUGGCCACGAUGACGGCGAAGUGACCGUCUGGGACCACUCGAGUCGCCGCGCCCGUGCACAGUUCACAGACGAAGGCUGCAUCAACGGCACCGCCAUCGACGUGUCCCCCAACAGCUCGUACCUGGCGUGCGGCUCCAACACUGGAGUGGUGAACCUCUACAGCGCCAGGGACGUCGAGAUGAGCCACACCCCGCGUCCUCUCAAGGUUCUGUCGCAGCUCGUGACUAGCGUCAACUGCGUCAAGUUCAACAGUUCGUCAGAAGCUCUUGUCUUCUCUUCUAUGGAGUUGCCGAAUGCCGUCAGAAUCGCGCACCUGCCGAGCUACCACGUGUUCAGCAACUUCCCGCGCCUCGACCACAAGCUCGACAACGUCUUGUCCUGCUGCUUCACUCCCGGCAGCGGCUACCUCGCCCUCUGCUCCUCGGGGCGGCGCGUUCACAGAUUACGCCUCCAGUACUACAAUAAAUACUAAUUUUUACAAACAUGUUAUCUGUAAUGUAGCACAGGUAUAAAAAAAUGUCAAUAUAGAUGAGACUUAAC